UCGCUGUUUGGUCCGCGGGAAACACCAGCGUGGGUCCAAAAACAGCACAAAAAAGUGAUUUAUUCCCUUUAAACUCACCCAGAGACGCUUUUCCCCGCGGCAACAAGAACAAAAUACCCGGGACAACUUAUCUCCACAUGCACGCGGUUUGGGGACAUUUUAGAGAAGAUUUAGAAGCACUAUUUGUGGCGGUGGAGCUAAAUGCUAAAAGCUAAGAGCGUAGGGACGUAAACAGGUGUCGACGUAAAGCGCGUAAAGUUCACUAAAUUCGCCGUUUUUUGGCACCUAAAGCAUUAAAUAAAUUAAAAAAAAACAUUAAAUAUCCCGGGUUUAGUCUGAGUUGUGGGGUUUGUGGUUAAAUGGAGGUGUCUUCGGUGCCGUUUGGAAGCAAGAAGAGCGAAAAAAAUGUGUCAAUGGAGAAAACAGACGGAGACUCAGAUGAAGAGACGUUGCCUCUAAACCAGUUCUAUCCGUACAUUCGCUGUGGACUCUGCUGCGGUUUCCUCAUUGAUGCCACGACCAUCACAGAAUGUCUACACACAUUUUGCAAAAGCUGCAUAGUGAAGCACUUUUUCUACAGUAACAGAUGUCCCACCUGCUCCAUCGUCGUCCAUCAAACACAACCACACUACAACAUCAGGCCGGACAGACAGCUGCAGGAUAUUGUUUACAAAAUGGUCCCUUUUCUAGAAGAGUUGGAGAGAGAGCAGAUGUGUCAGUUUUACAAAGAAAGAGGUCUGGAGGUGCCAAAACAAGCCACGGCGUUCUCAUCUCCUCCUCCUCCUGUUGUGAUGAAGAAGAAGAAGGAAGCUCCAACUCAGGCCGUGUUCACGAUGCCUCCAGAGCUCGAUGUGUCUCUCAUGCUCGAGUUUGUCGGAGCUGAAGAGGGAGUGCAGCACUAUAAGCCGUUGGAGCGUCGUUUUGUGCGAGUUUCUGGAGAAGCCACGAUCCGACAUGUUGAACUGUUCAUCAGGAAGAAGAUGGAGCUGAGCCCCUCCUGCCAGGUGGAUGUUGUUUGUGGAGAUCAUCUUUUGGACCAUUUCCAGUCGCUCAAAGACAUUCAGAACUCAGUGGGUGAAGACGCUCUGCAGGAUGGACUCUUGGUGCUUCACUUUGGCCUGGUCCUGCCCUCGUCCUGAUGAACUGGAAAAACACAAACUUCUGCUCAAAAACACGAUUAAACUCACCUCUAGAACAUGGCGUUUCAGGGCGAAUAUUGUCAGAACACAUUUGUUUUUCUAAAGGCAGUCAUGUUGAAAUGGUUUAUUUUUCAGACACAUUUUGGUAUUUUAGCAUUGCCUUAAAAAACAGAUCUGAUUUUGUUAAAAAAAUAAAUAAAUCUUUAUAAAACCCAUCAAAUUUAAAUAUCUGCUGGCAGUUUUAAGUCUUAAGUUUGAAGCUGUGACGUUUUCAGGAGAAAGAAAGUACAUAAUUUACCCACGUGUUAAGAAUGGUGAACAAGAAUCUGUCUUACACUGUUUUUCCGUUUACAGUUGAAACAUAAAUGAAUAGAGCCAUUUUAUUUUCACCACUGAGAAAAACUGAACAAUUAUCAUUUAGACACAACGAAAUCCACGCACUUAAAAACAAAAAUAAAUAAAUAAAUAAAAGUGACUAGUCUUAGUUUAAAUAAAGACCUUUUAUAUGGAAGAUAAUUUGUUCCACUCGGAUUAUUUUUAUUUAAAUACUGCUGAAUUUCUGACUUUGAAUUUUUUAAAUCUGACAAAAGAUGUUUGAAUUAUUUUUAUUUUGAAAUUUUGUUGCUGAAAUUUUAACUGUACUAAAAAUUUUGCCUUUUAAAUAUUAAGCACAAAUAUUAUCAAGCCAAAUUCAGCAGUUAAAAUUCAGAGUGUGAAAUUCGCAGUGAAAAAUUUCAACUAAUGACCAAUCCUGGUUCCCUGCACCAUUUCCUGCUUGUUACUAAGUUGGAUCAUAUGAAAAAUUAUUUGUUUCAUCAGAUUUUGAAUUUUAAAUACUGUUGAAUUUGUCACUUUGAAUUUUUUAACUCUGAAAAAACAUGGUAGAAUUAUUUUUAUUCUAAAAUUUUGUUGCUGAAAUUUUAAUUAUACAUUUUCAAAGUGUGUGAAUAUCAUUAUUUAAAAAAAACCUUUUAAAUAUUCAGCUCAAAUAUUUUCAAGCACUCAAAUUCAACAGUCAAAAUUCAGAGUAGAAAAUCUGCCGUGGAAAAAAUUCACAGCAAAGAUCCAAGAUGCCAAGGCAGAUUUUGGAUUUUGUUUUUGGUUUUUUUUGCAAAUUUUUUAACUGUUAAAUUUGAGGACUUGGAUGAGUACUGAAUAUUGCAAAAGGUGUUUGUUUUUUUUUUUAUAUUGAAUUUUAAACAUUUUGAAAAAGUAUACUUCAAAUUUCACCAACUGCCAUUCAGGAUUAAAAUA